AUGCAUGAGUCAUUACAAAAGCCGCGGAAUAGAAAGGUAAAAUCUGGCUGUAAAACCUGCAAGGCCCGCCGUGUCAAGUGUGACGAGAGCCGCCCAGCAUGCCGUCGAUGCCUCUCAACAGGCCGAGCAUGCGAAGGCUAUGGCAUCUGGGGAGGGGGAGGCAGUCCCUAUGGCCAGCCACAGGGCAAUACAGCCUUGUCAGUCUACUGCACGCCGAUACCAGUCGGCAGUCUCACGGCCGACGAGCAGGUAUCAUUCGACUGGUUCAUGGAAAGAACGACUAAAAAAUUUGCCGGCCUGUUUACUUCUGAUUUCUGGGAGACUCUUGUUUUUCAGGCCAGUGCACAGGAGCCGGCAGUUCGGCAUGCUGUCGUGGCCUUGUCAGCUGCACAUCGAUACGAUUCAAAUUAUGGCCCAUGGAUGAUUCCCGCAGUCUAUGGAUUCGACGCAGAACAAUUCACGCUCCAACAAUACAACAAGGCUAUUAAAUUUCUCCGCGCACCAGGCGGAAAUGGCAAAAACACACUCCGUGUGGCGCUCAUAACUUGCAUGAUCUUCGUUACACUGGAGUAUCUACGCGGACAAUUUCAAAUGGGAGCUGCACACCUCCGCUACGGUAUUCAACUACUCUCUGGAAUGUCCACCAAACCACCAUCAUCCCGCUCAAUUAUAUCCCCCAAUAUCCUCAGCCCAGCCGAGGACUUCGCCCACAAAGCCAUCAUCGACUCUUACGCCCGCCUCACAACUCAAUCCGCCAUGUUCGGCUAUGUACCACCACAUAUGUGCGUCAUGAUACGGGACCCUCUGACAAAUGCCCUCCCAUACACAUUUCCUUCAAUGGUCGAAGCACGCCAAUGUCUCGACGACCUACUCAACAGAAUACACUGUCUAAAACGGCACUCCUACGACCUUAGAUCGACCAAUCAAGCCGAACCUAAUGAUUCAGAAACGAUUAUAACCCAACAAAACAUCAUCUCCGACCUCAUCCUGUGGCGCAAAACCCACACAGCAACAUACACGCGCCAGACCCCCUCAACCCGACAAUCCCAAUUUGGAUCCAUCCUCCUACGCGUCUACCACGAAAUGGCCACAAUAAUGGCCUCGGUGCUCCUCUCUCCCUCCAGUGAAAUGGCUUAUGACGACCAAACAGCACAUUUCAUGGCAAUAAUUAGCGGAUUCUUCGAACUAUGGAAAUUUUGGACGACAGCCAGCAUCCAGAACCUGGAUAUCACCGAGCUGAUGAAAAGUCCGGAAUGCAGGGGAAACGGAUUCACCGUUGAAAGCGGAUUCAUCCCGCCUGUUUACUACACGGCGUUGAACUGUCGUGUUCCGAGGAUUCGACGACAGGCUAUUAGGACGUUGAGGUCUGCGCCGCAUCGGGAGGGAGUUUGGAAUGGGCCUUUGCUUGCAGAUGUCUUGGAGGUGGUUAUUGGGGUGGAAGAAGGGGACUUCUAUGCGGGUAAGAGCUUCGAGGGCUUUGAUGAGUUUAUCGACGAGGAAAUUACGGAGAGGGAUUUGGCUGUGCCGAAGGUGCCGGAAGAGAGAAGGGUUUCGGAUGUCAAAGUCAUUCUGCCGGAUAAGGUUGCUGGUGAUACUUUUGUUAGUUAUAAAAAGGCUGUGGACGGAAGGUGGGUGACAUUUGAGAAGAAGGUCGAGCCCGGUGUUUUACGGGGUUGGAAGCUACAUUUUGAAGGUCCUGAGGUGACGAUUGGGGGGCUUUGGAAGGGUAUGAGUCAAUGA